AUGCAGCUCUUGCUGCUACACGUGGUAAUAGCUUGCGGGAUUCUGCUCCUUGGGACCGCGGCUCAAGAAUGUGCGUCCCGUGAGAACUAUACCGUUCGGACUCAGGACGAGGUCAACAACCUCACGCGAAACUGUACUGAAAUUGUUGGCGAGCUGGGUCUCGUCGAUUGGACUGGGUCAUUGACGCUUCCCAACAUUACGCGCGUGGGGACUAUCACCCUCUAUUCAGGGGAUGUUUCUUCCGUUGACCUCCCUGAGCUGGAGCACUUGGGCGGCAACUUGAUCCUUACAGAUUUGCCGUCGCUAAGUCGAGUCUCCUUGCCUAAGCUGGAGUAUAUUGAGGGGCUAUAUCUCAACCUCGUCGGCAACACCCCGGAGCUCCAAAUCCCAAAACUGACAAACGCCUCAAGUGUGCACUUGCGGGGUAACUUUUCUACUCAAUCCUUUGACUCUUUGCAAAAUAUCGAGAAGCUGUUCGAUAUCUGCAAUGGAUUCAGCUGCGGCUUUUACUCACAUAUGGACGCAUCCACCUCGAUGAGUCUAUCAUUCCCAGUGCUCGAGCGAGUUGGGAGCUUCAAAGUCGGCGGCAACGUCACAACACUUUCAACGCCCGAAGUCACUGCCAUCACAUGCGACAAUGAGGAAUGCGACUGGGCAGCACUGCAUCUGAGGCUCUACAGCUCCUCGCCAAUCGCAGUAAACUUCCCGAAGCUCAGCGCCAUGGAGGGGAACUCUUACAUCAGAGGAGAUAUCGACUCAAUUUCCCUCCCUGCCCUGCGAGACUAUACACACGAAUUCAUCGCUGUCCCCUACGAACCGCUCAACAUAACUCUCCCCGUCGAAACAGGAGACAAGUUCUUGUUCUCGGGUAAUGUCUCAGAUAUCAACCUUCCGAACCUAAAAUCCUUCUCCCGGAUCCACGUAAACUCAGACCUCAAAAUCGACUGCGACGAGCUCUGGGACGAUAUCAAACGAACAAGCGGCCCUCUGAACGAGAGUAACGCGACUGAGUAUUUCCAGUGCUCGGAUGGUGUUUCUGUGGCUUAUUCGGGCGCCUUGAGGAUCGGCAGUGUCGUUGCGGUUGCGGUUUUGGGCAUGCUUGUGGGCGGGUUGGUUUGA